CAUACCAUUCUCGUAGAAAGUUUAUGUUUAAACGGUUGAAUAGAAGAACAAAAGCAUUAAAAAAAAAAUUUAAGUGCAAUUAAAUAAAAUCCAAAAAACUAUGAGUAAAAUUUUUUUUAUUUCUCUCGUGUGUUAUUUUGUGUUAAUUUUAGUUCAAGCUCAAGAAAAUGUUGGAAAAACAAUACUUGAAAAUAAAGCGCUUUUGGAAAAUGAAGUUGGACUGGAGGAUAAAUUAAUUUUCAAAGAUAAUAGCAAUUUGGAAAAUAAUAUAAUUUCGAAAAACGAAACUAUUUCAGAAAACAUAGGAAUUAUAGAAAGUGGAACAAUUUCGAAAAAUUUAACGAUCCUGGAAAUAAAUACUGAUCCAAAGAAUGUAACAACUGAAUCAAAAAAUAUAACGACUGAUUCAAAGAUUAUAACAACUGAUUCAAAGAAUGUAACGACUGAUUCAAACAUUUUAACGACUGAUUCAAAGAUUUUGACGAUUGAUUCAAAUAAUGUAACAAUUGACUCAUUGAAUAUAACAAUUUCCAAAAAUGAUGAAGUUUUUGAUAGUAAAGAUGCUUCGAAAAAUAAAGAAUUAACGAAUAAUGUAAACAGCCUAGUUGGUCGUAUUGUUAAUGGAACGGAAGCAUAUUUGGGACAAUUUCCACAGCAGGUUUCAUUAAGAAGGACAGGCAGUAAGCAGCAUUUUUGUGGUGGAAGUAUCGUCGGUUUGAAAUAUAUUGUCACAGCAGCACAUUGUAUGUUUGUCGGAGAUCAUAUGGAAAUAGCAAUACCACCUACGUCUAUUACAAUCGUAGCUGGAGAUGUUCUACUGCAAGGAACUUCAAUUACAACUCAAGAGAGAAUAGUACAAAAAAUAAUAAAACACAGAUAUUUCAAUAAAGACACUUUAGAACAUGAUAUUGCACUUUUACAGUUAGAAAAACCACUUGUUGAAAAUGAUGCUAUUCAAGUGGCAAAAUUACCCACUGCUCGAUCAAUACCAGGAACUUUAUGCGAAGUGUCAGGAUGGGGUGAUCCAAGUGAGGGUAAUCAUGUAGUCAGCAAUACAUUAAUGUUUGUAAGAUUACCCUUGAUCAAUCGAACUUUAUGUCGUGAAUUACUUGUGAAUUCAUCUACGGUUCCAAAUGGAAUGAUUUGCGCUGGUUAUAUUCAAGGUGAAAGAGACGCAUGUCAGGGCGAUUCGGGUGGUGGAAUGGUGUGUAAAAAUAGAUUGACCGGAAUCGUUUCCGGUGGAGAAGGCUGUGCACGUCCAAGAAAACCAGGAAUUUACACGGAUGUUUAUUUCUAUCGAAAAUGGAUAAAUAGUGCAAUUUUUAAUUCAGAAUUAUCCACAAAUUUUCGUUCAAAUUCGAGUAAUACAAUAUUUAUAAAUAUAUUCUGGCUAGUUGCAUCAUUAAUUUCUGCACUUUUGCUCUCUAUGUACUGUUGACUGUCACGAGUUUUUGGUGGAUAUUAUAGAAAAAAUGACUACAA